UGAUGUUGGUGACUCUCCUUCGGAUCACGUCCAGGAAGAUAUGGAUUCUGAAGUUUAUCCUUCAGAAGAUGAAUCUGAGUGCCUAGAAGCCACAGCGCAGUUUGAUUUCAUGGCUCGCUCUGAACGUGAGCUGAGUUUCAAGAAGGGCGACAAUGUCAUCUUGUUCUCCCAGGUGUCCAAUGACUGGUGGCGAGGCAGUGUCAAUGGGCAGGAGGGCCUCAUACCAGACAAAUAUAUUAUGCUCAAAAUUAAGGAUGAGGACCGUGAUAAGCAUGAACUGCUCAAAUCAAGUUCCUCAGAGGAGUCGAUGCGGAGGCGGGCAUCAAGCUCCAAUGAUUCGGUGCUGUCUUCUGGCAUAUCAGUAUCAACACACAAUUCUCCUCUGACUGGAGUCUCGUCAGCUACGUGGCCUGACCCGGAGCUGACACGUCGCACUGUGGUUGCUGAACCAACGCCUCUCAUCGCACUCCCCACACAAGAGGGUGACACUUCCCCUUCCCCUCUCUUGGCUCUUAGACGCAUCACUAAAAGUAGCUCCAGCACAGAAUCUAUGCCAUCUGGCCUACAUGUGAAGACUGAUGAAGAUGUUUCUUCAUCCCUCCCUGCCUCAAGGACCAUCCCUGGAGGUAGUGUGAUGGGUGCUGUGGAAGCUGCCCUUACAACUGCCCAGAUACUGGCCACAGCUGCACUUCAGGCAGAGACAGAGGAGAAAGAAUCAGAAGACGAAGACAGGCUGUCUGUGUUUCUCGACUCUCUGCCUGCAGAUGGUACCAAGGAGUCAGGUGAUGAUAUGUCCCGGCCCACAACACCUAUCAGUUCCUCUGGCGAUGUUGAUGGAGGAAAUGCAUCAAAAGGGAAAGUCAGUGGAUCAAAUGGCAAGAAGACUCAUUGGAAGAGCCAGAGUUUGGGUGAGGUUGUAGAUAUACGGCAUUCAGGUGGAGGAGAUGAAAAGAAUUCAGAAAAUGUCAACUUCAGUCAAAACAGAGAAAUCUGGCAGCGAAGAGCUGCAUCCCAGACACAACUAGAAUCUUCAAAAUCAAUUGUCAAGAGUUUUCGAUCCAACCAAGAAUUCUGGGAGAUGCGUCAGAAACAUACACCUGACCUAGUGAUGGAUCUCCCACUUCUUGGUUCGUCUAGUCCAAAGGAAGCUGUGGGAGGUAAGAAGUCUCUGUCUGCAGUGUCCUUAUCCUCGCUGUCAUCUUCAUCAUCUGGAGAGGAGGAGAGUGUAUCUGCAGAGCCUGUUAUAAGUCCAACAGGACCGGAAAGUCCGGAUAUGACGACAGCAGCAGAACGCUUUGCCAAGCAGAAUCAGUGCACGCUCAAGAAGAACACCAAAGCUUCUCAUGGGGCCUCUAUUGAUGCCCAGACACAGACUACAAAGGCUGCUACUAAGCGAUCAAAAUUUGCUGCCUCAUCAGCUGUUGCUGCCACGGAAAUGUCCAACAACGAUAUGCAGAUUCCUGCUGAUGUUAUUAAGACAAGUGACAACGAGAAUCUGAAACCAUCCACUGACGCCAAGAACCAAUCCGCUGAUUCAGAAUUGGUGCCAAUUAGGAGCCCUGGACCUCAGAGAAUGACACCAAAGAUUGGAGGAGCGAAGUUUGGUCAGGUGGCUGCCGUGUCGUCCUUCAAGCCUCAGGUGAAGGUGAAGCCACAGAUAUUGCGCAAACCAGUCCUACCAGUCCCCCACCCCCACCACACUCAACCGUCACCUGAACUCACACAAAAGGAGAAAACACAGGAGCAAAUGAAUUGAAUGACCUCAGUGAUCCACCUGUCAUAACAUUUCAAUUAUUUUAUAAGACUGAUUUUUAUUUAGAACGUGUUGGAAGUGUCUUUAUAGAAAAGUUAUAUAUUAUGAAUGAAAACAUGAGUGUGCUUUUGGAGUUUAGUGAUAAAACUGUAAUUUUGUAUAAGCUGUGCUAUACUCCAUAUAUAUCUUGCAGUGUUCCUUUCCUUGAAGAAUGUGGUAUAAAAUGUACUGAAAAUGUUUUGUUUGAUGUGAUACAGGUGACUUUUAUAUUAAUAGGCCUACUGUAUUAUUGGUCAUUAUCAUUAUAUGUUUUUAUUUGUUUCUUACUUGCUGGAGCGGAUGUUCUUUUCAAAUGUUGGUUACUUUUCAGAAUUUUUCUAUGAAUAUUGUGGUUGAAUGCAGAGAAAUAUAUUAACACACCAUAAUGAAGUGUGUUAGUUGUUGGCAGAGGUUCUGACUCGCCAAAUAUAAGUAUAAAGUGUGAGUAUGUGUGUUGUGCUGGAUUUUAAAGUCUUUGUACAAUGUCAAUUGUUCUACAAGUCCUAAGCAUUUUAGCCAUGAUUAUUUUAUUAUAUAAUAAUCUAUUUCAACUGAUUUAAAAGAUCUUACAAAUUAAUGUUAUUUGUAAAUCAUGAAAAAAAUUAAUUAUUUAUUUCGUUUAUUUUCUAUGUGCACUGUGGUCAGCCUCGUGAAUUUGCUUACACUAUCACAUUGAACUGUAUGCAAUAAGUUGAAAUAUACAAAAUAACAGACUGCUAUUCCUUCACAACAACAAACAAAUAUUGUUUUCUGAACUUUUAUACAGGGGGUGACCAUAUUUUUGAAAAGAAAAUCUGGGUCACACUUUGAAGAGAGGGAGGGAUGAAAUGGAGGGGAGGAGAGAAAAUUUACAUGCUGAAAUCUGACCCCACACAGCCUGAUGUGGCAGUAACAGACUAGACAUGUAUCCAGGCGGUGAUUGGUUCAAAUCAUGGCUAAGGGACUGACUAUCCUGACAAGUUUCUUUUUUUGUGGCUUUACUCAGUACCUUCAGGAGAAUAUUGGGAUAGUACCUUAAUGAGGCCAUGACUGCCACUUCCUUCCAGAUCCUUUCCAAUUCAUCAGUGAUCCUACCUUUUGAUGCUAUAUAGUGUAUAUACUGACAGUGUCAUAAAAUAACUCGGCAAAUGGUUCAUUUGUUACUGUUCUCGCCAAUGAAACACUGUGUUGAUAACAGGCUGUAUCAGAACAAAUAUCUCUCUUGGGGACCAAGUUUUGUUAUAAGAAUAAAAGGAUGAUAUUAAGUUUAUAUCCAGAACAUUUUUUCAGUUCUUCCACUCAACUGGCUGGGAGUCCGGGACAAAAUGCAAAGACCAGGAUGUAUGGUCAUCCUGUUUAUGCGGCAGUGUUUGACACUCAUGUUUAUAAACGUUUGUUUAAACAAAGUCAGUAGUAGACAAGAAGUAUUUCUGAAGCUACCUGAGAAAUGGUACAUUUUGGUAACACUGACUCCAUACAGUUAUCUCUUUCUGUGCCAAGUUUAAUUUUGAAAACAAAUGCCUGCUUGUCUUUGUGUGUUGUGAUGCUAGUUUAUAAUUUAUAUUUCUGAAUAACUUUACCUUUCAGCAGAUGGCAGGAUAGUGUUUUCAAACAAGUGUUCAGAACAAGAUAGCAGGAUAUCUUGCUGGUAACUUGGGAAAGUUUUAAGACCUGUGUAAAGUGGCACUGAGCAUCCUUUCACUUAACUAUUUUGAAUUAGUCCCAGCCUUUUAAUGGCAGAAUUUCUCAUCCUUCUUUUACAUGAACAUAAAUUUAAAUUUGUGAUGUCUGUAAUCUUAUCAGACAGUAGAUACAUAAUUGUAUUGAGUCAGUUCAUACUUAGUUUCCACCACAUUCUAAUAGCUCUGGUCUUUUGAUUCACAUUGAACAACUGCCCAGUUCUUGAGCUGCUUUAAAUGGUGUUGUUUUAAUGUUCGUGUAUGGCACAGAAAUGCAUGAUAAGAUGGGACAAACAAAGGAAUAAUUCUAAUAUUUUUGUGUCACUUUCAUGUUUUGUAUAUAGAUUUACUUAUUCCUAAUUACUAUGGUCUGAGUGGGUAGUAUUCUGAAAUGAAAUCCUUUCUGUCUGUGCACCUCCAUGUACAUGCUGAGGGUUGGGCCCAGUGCACACACUAAGAAAUCAAUGUACACUGUUUUCAUUGAACUCAGAAUACAUCUUUUCAUUACUCUUUCAAUCAGAGGACAUUUGCUUCCAGUUUACAAUAAAAUAUAUUGUAUGCCUUACAGGAACAUUAGUCAGUGUUCAAGGAAUGGUCCAUUGUAGUAAGCAAAGAAUAUUUCUUUGUGCUGUAUGUAUUUAGGUAAGAGGAAAAAAGUCAGAUGUAGCUUUACAUGUUUGAGAAACAAGAAAAUUAUGUAUUAGUUUUAUAUGGGAAUUUUUUUUUGCAUGCAAAUUGCAAUGUGUAGCACAAGUGAAAUGUAAUGAUGCAAUGUACAUGGUAUCCUGUUGGAAAAGGCAUUUGUUGUGUAGUUGUGCUGUUCAGCGGUAUUGUGUUCUUAAUUUUUCAUACUUCACAGUUCUCUUCUUUCACUUUGGCAAUCUUAACAACCGAAAUAUUCUUCAAUGUACAAAUAUGAGAAAUGCUGAAAACUAUUUCAGUAACUUUUUUAAAUGUAUUUAUCAUAUACAACAUACAUGUAUUUUAUAUUAUUAUAUUUCAGUGAACAGUCAGAAUUGGGGGGAAAUAAUAACACCAAAGUUGAUGUUUACUUGGUAGACUGGAGUUUUUGAGACUGAAGUAUACCGAAGGAUUGUAGCAAUGUUUGAUAGAGAGUAACAAAAAAUAAGUGAACAUGUGAUCUCCUUGUAGUCCAAGGAUAUUGCUUCCAGUUUUUCAGUAUUAUACAGUGAAGAUAUUAUGCUUCAUUCUAACAGAUUUUUCCAAUAAGAUUUUUGAAAAAGCAUCAUUUAUUGUUGCUGUAGUGCCGGCAGCUCACAUUUUUACUCGUGUACUGUACUUUUAGUUUACAUUACACUAUACUUGUAAACAGUCUGCAGUUGUAACCCAGUGCCAGUGUCAUAAUAAACCUUUAAAAUUCUUUGAAGUC